GUCAGGGCAUCCAGGGCGUGCAGGGCGUUCGUUAUACCCGGCAGUCCGUUCGUUAGUCAACAAUAACCGCAGCCCCUGGAGAGCUGCAUGCCAAUUUUGAUCAAUUGAUGCAACCUGGCAGCAGCAAAUAUUUCCCCACGCCUCCGCGCAUCCGCUCACUUCCGGCCUGCACACCGAGCAGUUGACCCCAAGAAAACAAACCAAUUCAACCCAAUGUUCCGGCGGAGGCUUUAAAGAACCCUUUAUCAGAUCCUCACCUUCCCAGAUCCUCCCAUCCGGAGAGUUGACCACAGUGCCGAUUCGAUCCUGCAGGGGGACCAUCAUCGUAAACCGUACAGCAAAGCAAGCAAGGUUACUGCUGGUAUCGGCCACACCCGCUGACACGCUUGUUUUUAUCGAGCUCAAUCUCCCUCCCCUCGCAGGGGGUGGCAAUAUAGCAUUGAAAUUUCAUCGGCGCAGCCCACCGACGCAGGCGACUCAAGAGCUUGCUCGCCCAACACUUUCUGCCCGCCCUCUCGGACGCCACCUUCAGUCCAAUUGAGUCCAAUUCACUCACGCAUAUCUCUCUCCCUCUCCAUCUGCGCCUGUCUGCGGCCAACAGCCAGCCCCCCUUGCGACAAUGGAUGUAGCUCUGGAGUUCCUCGAUCCCCUCAUCCUGGACAAGGCCUACGCCUGGGCCCUCCCUCACCCCGGCGCCGGCUUCACAAACUCCUCCGAGGCCGCUUACUCCAGCCUGGCCGCCGCCGCCGCCGCCGACAGCAGCGCGCCGGCGUCCCUCUGGCCCCGCGACAACAUCUACCGCCAGAUCGUGUCGCUGCUGGUCAUCACACAGAUCGGCGCCAGCUCGCUCUACCUCAUCUUCAGCGCCCUCUCCUACUACUUCAUCUUCGACAGGCGGCUCGAGUACCACCCUCGCUUCCUGCAGAACCAGGUCCGCCAGGAGAUCGUCUCCUCCCUGUCCGCCGUCCCCUUCAUCAACAUCCUCACCCUGCCCUGGUUCCUGGCCGAGGUCCGCGGCAAGAGCCUGCUGUACCAGAACGUGAGCGACUACGGCUGGUCCUGGCUGGUGGUCUCGUCCUUGCUCUACAUGGCCUUCAACGACAUCGCCAUCUACUGGAUCCACCGCCUGGAGCACCACCCCAGCGUGUACAAGUACAUCCACAAGCCACACCACAAGUGGAUUGUCCCCACGCCCUGGGCUGCCCUGGCGUUCCACCCGCUUGACGGAUACGUCCAGUCUCUGCCAUACCACAUCUUCGUCUUCAUCUUCCCCAUGCAGCGCUACCUGUACAUGGUGCUCUUCGUCGCCGUGCAGAUCUGGACCAUCCUGAUCCACGACGGCGACAUGAUCACGGGCCACUGGACCGAGAAGUUCCUCAACAGCCCCGCCCACCACACCCUGCACCACAUGUACUUCACCGUCAACUACGGCCAGUACUUCACCUGGGCCGACUCGUACUUCGGCUCCCACAGGGCGCCCCAGCCCGAGCUCGACCCCCUCCACGACGCCCUCAAGGUCAUGCGCGCCAAGGGCCUGGUCGACGACAAGGGGAACCCCAUCACCAAGCCCAAGGGCGAGUGACCGCGGCCGCUCUAGUGUCUUUUCGACUUGUGACACCAGAUCGAGUGGGUGGAUGGAUGGAUGGACCGUCCGCGGCGGAGUUGGGGGAGGCCGGCGGAACGGAUUAUUUGUUUCUGGUACAUACAUAUGCAUUGUUCACCAGAUUGCAUCGCCACGAGAGGCAGGCUCGCUCGUGCGCAGUCUCAUCAGUAGUCGCAGCUGAUUCAUGGGGGGCCCCAAAACAGACCCAGUCCCGACACCGACAUCGGCAACCGAGAGCCGGGGCCUCUUUAUUUUGCGAGCACGAGCAUGGGGCCAUGAUUGAUUGAUUGAUUGACUGUGCCCUCGUUAUGAUUGGCAGUAUGGCGUCACUCGGGUACACAGUCACAUCCCAAGCUCGGGGGAAUGCUGCACGACUUCUAUGGGGAACAAAAUAGAGUUUUAUAAUCUUAAUGAACUAGUUAACAACUGCUCGGCAGACACUAGGCUGCCAGAAAUAGAGAUGAGUAGCUGUCAAAACAGCGCCCAGACUA